AUGGGACCGGAGGCUGCUACAGCUUCCUCUGCUACAGCUUCCUCUGCUACAGCUUCCUCUGCUACAGCUUCCUCUGCUACAGCUUCCUCUGCUACAGCUUCCUCUGCUACAGCUGCCUCUGCUACAGCUGCCUCUGCUACAGCUGCCUCUGCUACAGCUGCCUCUGCUACAGCUUCCUCUGCUACAGCUUCCUCUGCUACAGCUGCCUCUGCUACAGCUUCCUCUGCUACAGCUUCCUCUGCUACAGCUUCCUCUGCUACAGCUUCCUCUGCUACAGCUUCCUCUGCUACAGCUUCCUUUGCUACAGCUUCCUCUGCUACAGCUGCCACGGCCUUACCUCUGUUGGAUCUGCUACAGCUGUUCCUGUGGGUGGCAGUGUCACCGGCUGUAGAAGAGGAGCUGCUUUUCAGAGGGCUGCUGCUCACGGCCCUGCAAGAGAGGCUCGGCAGAAUCGACGCUGCCAUGCUCUCUGCAGCCCUCUUCGCCCUCGUCCACCUCUCCCUUUCGCUCCUCUUCCCUAACAUGGCCUUUGGGAUUGCCGCCGGCCUGCUCAUCGUCCACUCCAAUAACCCCCACGCCUCGGCACACCUCGCAGUAGCAAGACUCGCCCAAAGGGGGCGGAAGCGGGACAGGGGCUUAGGUGGAGGUUCUGGAGGGUGGAUGGGGAGGAGGCGUGAGGGGAGGAAGGGAGGGCAAAGUAGGGCGGGGCCAACGGGGUGUGGGAAAGGAAGGAAGAGCAGGGCUGCGCGGGCAGCAGGUGUGGAAGGGAGAGGAGGGAUGGGGGUGGCAGGUGGAGUGGAUGGGAAUGGGUUGCUGGAUGCACAGGAAGGGCAUGAGGCACAAGGUGCACAAGGGGCACAAUGGGAACAAGGGGGGCAAGGGGGACAUAUGGGACUAGGGGGACACUGGGCUACUGAGAGCAUGGAGGAGCUGCUAGAGCAGCUGAGGCGGGAGCGCGCUCAAGAGGCCCAGAGCCUUUUCUAUUUCCUCUCCCUCGCUCCCCACCGCUGCCCUGGCAUCUAUGCCUCGCUCUCCUCCCUCACCCUCCACCGCCUCUCGCCCAUCCCCGCUCACUUCCUCUCCUACCUUCGCGAGCUACCCUCCCUCACCUCGCUCUCCUUUCUGGAGACUUCCAUUACUCCAGGCGAAGUUCAGCCGUUGGAGAGGCUAAGGGAGCUGCACAUCCGCCAGGUGAGCGAUGCCCUGCUGCGAGAAGUGGCCAUUUUGGGGCGCCUGAAGGCCUUCUCCUGCACGUGCAGUGAGGGGGUGACUCCACGUGGAUGGGAGCAGCUGAAGAGCCUCACAAAGCUGACGAGGCUGCAGGUGGCACCAGCAAACCUGGAAGACCAUCUCCUGGAGCUGCAGUUUCGCAACGAUUCCCUGCCUGAUGUAUCCAGAGUUUGCCAACGGCCCACUCCAUACAUUAAUCGCACCUGUGACUGUGGCGAUCGGCUGUACAAUCCCAAACACCCCUGCGUGGAUGGCAGCGUUUGGCAGGUGGCGGGUGCGCUGCAAGGCUUGCAGCAGCUGGGGGUGCAUGGAGUGGCACGCAGCGAGGAGGACCUGCUAGCCCUCACUGCACUCACAAGCCUCACCACUCUCCACAUCACCGGCACCCACCUGCACGACGAUGCAUACUUCAGGGACUUUUCUGAGUUGAGGGAGCUGGGGUUGGCUGGAUGCAGUGUAGAUGUGGACUCAGGCAUGGCUGUGUGGAGCUACACCAUGCCACAGCUGCAGUCCCUGGAUCUAUCAGCCACACGCGUCAGCUAA